UUCAGGGCAGCCAUCAAAGUGUUCACUAUUGUGUACGGCUGAGGAAGGAAGAAAAAAAAGAGGGAGCUGAGGGGGGGGAAAGAAAACCUGUAUCUUUGUGUGAGAAGGACUCAGCAGGAAAGUGUUUUUGUGAAUUAAUUUUCUUCUCUUUUCAGAGGUUGUUGCCACAGAGGGGCUCUUCUCCCUGAGCUACAGCAAGAUUUUGUCCGCUUUUAUACUUACCAUAGCUGCCUUACAUUCGACUGACACACAAGUGUGCUCCUCCAGCCGGCAAAACAGCGACACCCGGGCUUCUCCUGAUGAUGAGAGCCAACGUCAGACUGGUUUCCAUGAAUAUUGAUGUGGAGCAUAGACUGUUUCAUAGAACAGAAGGAGGCAAGAUGGCUGCCCUUUAGGAUUUGUUAAAGAGGCGAUCCAGACAAUUUGCUGGAAUUUCUACAAAGUGGAGGGACAUAAACAGAAGGUGGGAAAAAGGGCAGCCUGAUGUAUGGGCUCUGAGCAGGACAGAUGGAAACAGAAGAGGCCAAACAUGAGGCGGAAGAAAGUUUAAUGUUGGGACAGUUCGGAACAUCUCACCAUCAUUCUCACAAAUUCCAGAAUGGAGCUCGGUGUUCACAGGAGGAUUCUGUGCAGAUCAGCGACAGUGAAAGCUGGAUUACUGGUGCGGUACAUUAUGAACCCAGCAAAGCUGCUGGCUCCAUGAAGAGAUACAGAGAGAACUGCAACAUUCCUGCUUCCGAACAAGCAUUGUUCCAAUCGGGAUUCUUCAAGAUGAACGGAGACUUAAUGAAUGGAGAGUUGAAGCAUGGAUUCGCAGAGCAGUCCUUAGCAGUCCACCAAACUAAGAAAAUAAAAGUAGAUGGUGACAUGAAAGAAAACGGUGACUCAAGCCGUAAUUUUGUGAAAAACCUCUCUGAGUUGACAAAGAAAACUGAAAUGGAACAGACUUCUGCUCAGACUGAUAUUAAUUUUGAUAUAAGAAACUGUCGCAUACCUAACAGGGAUAUUUUCAGCCGACCACGAAAUAAGUCUGUUCCAAAUGGUGCUGUAUCAUCUUCCUCAACCAUAGAAAGUACUCCCGGUGAUCUGUUGGAAAAAACCUUGUCUCAGUAUUAUCCUGAGCAAGUUUCUAUUGCAACACAAGCAUCUGGAUCACAGCUGGAUACUGUCAAUGACUCACUCGCCACACGCUCAGUUGGUGAAGGUGCUCAACCUCCUGCUGUAACCUCAGGGCUGUCAGAGUCACAGCACCAGCAGCCACCUGCAACAUCCGCAGAAGGUGUUAACAGCUACAACUCUGGCAACUAUUUAGUAAAUGGAUAUUCUAGUAACUUUGGAGUAAAUCAACAGCAACAGCUUUCAUCUUGCUCUGGUCAAGAGAUAGUUCUGGGGGCACAACAGCAUCCCAGUGGGGCACAAUGUUUUCCAGAUAACACAAACCCUCAAGGUAAAUAUACAAAAACCCAGCAGGAAUACAACCCAAGGUCAUUUCUGAACCACAAUAACCCCUCGCAGGCUGCAGAGGCAGGUGGAUAUGGAUCUCUUCUUAUUACUGGUGCAAAUGAGAACAGCCAAAAUGACAAUGGAGCUGGUCUGUAUCAUGACACCAGCAUGGGACUCCAGUAUGGGACUCAAGGUCAGAAUUUUCAGGAUAACUCUGGGCGACAGCAUCAACCUGAUGGUCAAAUGGGAAACAGCCUCCAGCAGAGCAGUAACUCUGUGUCAGUAAACGGUGUGGAGGAUACACAUCAACAGAGAGUCAACAUUUCAUGUUCCACUCCCAGCCAAACUAAUUGGAUAGAAAGGAAUCUUUCACAUUCCCAGCAGCAGCCAACGCAGUGCACAGCAUCCCAGGCAAAAGAGCAAGAGCUGUGGAGAGCUAAGCCUCAGUCAGAACAGCAGACCACCAGCCCCCCAGUUCAAAACCAGAUACUGGAGCCAAACCAAGUGCAAAGGUACAGCGAAACGCAGACACAAGGGCUUUUUACAGACACCAGCCGAGGGUCUAACAGCUCGCUUCAAAAACAGCCAGACUGCCUACCUGCUCACAUGCAAUGUGCUUCAGUUCAGCACAACACUGCCCCUGAGUGGCAGCAGUCCAACUCUAAAGCACCUCAGAUGCAGCAACAUUUACUCCAGAAAAUGCCUGAGACAAAAAACUUCCCUCAGAAUCAACAAUCUAACUGCUACCUCUCCCCAAUGGAAUCAGAGCACUUUCACGAGGACAAAGACUUGCAGGAGAUAUUGUCAGUAGAGUUUUUAACAACACAACAGCAGCACUGUCAUCUUCAACGCCCGCUGUCCCACCCACCACAGUUUGAAGCCCAGCAGCUCAAAUCUCCUACCUACCGACCUCGCAGCCAGCCUCCACCAGGCCAACACCAGCUUCAACCAGAUCAGCCUUUCAGUAACGACCAUCAACACACUGACCAAUCAGCAUUCGCCUACAAUAACACAGAGAUGCAACAACUACAACAUCAAAGACAGUGUCUUGAAAACUCAGGCAGCCAAAACCUCAAACAGUUUCAACCACAGCAGCCUAACAACCACUGCCAUGAGCCCAACCAGGUGGACUUAGCCCAGACUUCUUCACAGUCACAACCUCACCUACCACAGGGUCUGUUCAGCCAACAGUCAGGAACACGGAUGUAUCCCAAAGCUGAGGAGCAGACGAGGGCUUCUUGCACUCAGUUCCAAACUGGACCUCGACUACCUCUGGGACCAGCAGGUCCCCAUGUUGACUUUCAGAGGCAUGCGGCUCUUCGCAUGCGUCUAUUACAAAGGCAGGAACGCCAUGGCCCUUCUCAACUCCCUCGAAGCCCAGUUGACUCCAAACAAAACCUUGGAGCUGUAAAACUGGAAAACAGCCCCAGAUUCGAGCUGCCCACCUCAUGGCAGCAGGAACAGCCGUUUAUGGCCCGUGAUGCAGGGAUGGGUGGGGUCAAGAUCAAGACUGAAAGUCAACAAUCACUAUGUGUUCAAGACAAGAAACCAGGGAACAUUCUUGCCUCUAUGGAACAAAGCUUGAGGCAGUACAAGCUCUCAAAUCUAUUCGAGAAGAAACCUCUUGUUAAUUCAUCAAAUAAAGUCAAAGUGGAAUCCUCAGGGGCUGUCACCAUACUAUCAACAAACAUGGAUAUGAGUGGGACAGACUCAACGCCCACAGCAGCUUCUGUUCUGAAAAAUACCCUGUUCUCCACUCCCAAGAAGGAACAACUCCUUAAAAAUUUCAUAGAUUCCCCCAUGAAGUUGUUAGAUACCCCAGUAAAGAAUCUUCUGGAUACCCCCAUGAAAACUCAAUAUGAGAUCGCAUCAUGCCACUGUGUUGAUCAAAUCAUUGAGAAGGAUGAAGGUCCAUAUUACACUCAUUUGGGCUCAGCACCUACUGUCGCUGGCAUUCGAGAGCUGAUGGAGAAAAGGUCUGGCAUCACUGGACCAGCCAUCAGGAUUGAGAAAGUAAUUUACACCGGCAAGGAGGGGAAAAGUACACAAGGAUGCCCCAUAGCCAAAUGGGUGAUUCGGCGAGCAAGUGUAGAGGAAAAGCUACUGGUUUUGGUGCGUGAGCGUACUGGUCACAGAUGUGACACUGCCUGCAUCAUAAUUGUAAUUCUGGUCUGGGAAGGCAUCCAGCCCAGCUUGGCUGACCGCCUCUACCUCGAGCUGAGUGAAACUCUAACAAAACAUGGAGCUCAUACACAGAGACGCUGUGCUUUCAAUGAGGAGAGGACCUGUGCAUGCCAGGGCUUUAAUCCUGAAGCCAGCGGUGCAUCUUUCUCUUUUGGCUGCUCUUGGAGCAUGUACUAUAAUGGCUGCAAGUUUGCCCGAAGCAAAAUCCCAAGGAAGUUUAAGCUACUAGGAGAUGAUGUCAGAGAGGAAGAGAAUAUUGAGAAAAGUUUUCAGAAUUUGGCAACAUUACUGGCUCCUUUGUAUAAAAUUAUGGCCCCUGAAGCCUAUGGAAACCAGGUAGAACAUGAACACAGGGCCCCAGAUUGUCGCUUGGGGAUCAAGGAGGGACGACCUUUCUCCGGAGUGACUGCAUGUUUGGAUUUUUGUGCCCAUGCUCAUAGAGACCUCCACAACAUGCAGGGAGGAAGCACUGUGGUGUGCACAUUAACGAGGGAGGAUAAUCGAGAUAUCGGAAAGAUACCAGAAGAUGAGCAGCUCCACGUCUUACCUCUUUACAAGGCUUCUAGCACUGACGAGUUUGGCAGUGAGGAGGGCCAGCAGGAAAAAAUAAAAUCAGGGGCCAUUCAAGUCCUCAGUGCCUUCCGUCGUCAGGUGCGCAUGCUUGCAGAGCCUGCCAAGUCUUGCCGGCAGAAGAAACUGGAUGCUAGAAAAGCGGCUGCCAACAAGAAUGCCAUGCUGGAAAGCUCAAAUGAUAAGGCAGAAAAGGCCCUUUUGGCCAAGUCAAAGGCUGGCACUUAUGAGAACACUGUCCAGAGCACUCCAUUUACAGGUGCUGUGGGAGCCCCCCUUCAGUCAGGUCACCCAUCAUAUCCCCUCGGGGUUAUGCCACAGCAAAUUCAGCAACCACAGGCCAUGUGCCCCCCUUACCCUUCCUCACCAAACACUGCUCUCCCAAGGUUCUCUAACAGUCCUGGCUCUUUUCCAGGCUCUCCAAAGCCAGGAAGCAUGUACCUUGCUCAGCCAUCAACACCUGCCAACCAUUUCCUCUCUUCACUUCCAAACUCAUACAUGAAUGGGCCAAAUCGUCCACAACCAGGUCACCAAUGUAACGGAGGAAUGCCUGUUGAAAGUUACCAUCAGUUCUAUGCACCAAACCAAAAUCAGCUGGACGCUUAUCGCCAACAGCGGCCAGGGUUUUUCCCUGAGCAGCAGUAUGGUGCCCAACGCUUUGAGCUCAAUUAUCCAUCUAGGUACAGUCAACCAGGCUUCCAAGUCAAUGGUUACAGUGCCAUGCGUCCACCUCAGCCCAUGAGACACUAUGGUCCUUUUGGCAACAACAGAACCUCAGAUGCCCGGUUCAUUGACACCCUAACAGGAGCACCCUCUGUUCAUGGUGGCAUGGAUUAUACACUUACUGUAAGUAAAGGCAAUCAGUUUGGAGAAUACCCAAGUUCAUACUUGCCGCAGAGUCCACACAUCCCAGGCCGUGAUUCCUUCCCUAUGCAACUUAAUACAGACGUGGCCAUUCCUAAUCCACAGAUGCUCCCAGCUCAAAUCAGCAGUGGCUGUUUAAACCCUGAAACACAGUCACGGUUGGGUCUUCUCAAUGGUGGACAUAUAGCCUCCAAUAUUAAGUCAGAGCCUGGAACGCCUCAGACACCCACAAUCCCCCAAAAACCAGAAAUGUGGUCAGACAACGAGCACAAUUUCUUGGAUCCUGAGAUUGGUGGUGUGGCUGUAGCUCCAAGUCAUGGCUCUGUACUCAUUGAGUGUGCAAAACGAGAGCUACAUGCCACAACACCCCUCAAAAACCCAGACCGCAACCACCCAACACGCAUUUCCCUUGUCUUCUACCAGCACAAGAAUCUGAAUGAGGCAAAGCAUGGGCUGGCCAUGUGGGAAGCUAAGAUGGCAGAAAAGGCUCGCGAGAAAGAGGAAGAUGCAGAGAGGAAUGGCGGGGAAGGGACUCCGAGCAAGAGCAGCAAGAAAGGGGGUAAGCGGGAGCAUUCAGAGUCUUCAGAGACUACAGGAGAACCUCCAUACAAGCGUUUCAUAAAGGCACUAAUGGAAGGAUCAUCAUCAUCGUUCACAACUAAUACUCACGUCAUCACAACUCCAUAUGCAUUCACCAAGGUCACAGGGCCUUACAGUCAGUUUGUGUAGAAAACAACCUCUAAGGAACUUGAAGGUGCUGCAACCCAAACCACAUGCAUCAAAUCACUAUCGGCAACCAUGUGAUGGAAAAACAAAUGGGCUACGUUUCUCAACUCUCACACAACCGAGCUUUACUAGUUGAUCCUACUGAGGUAACUAUUGCAAUACCAGAAAAACAGUGGUGCUUUCAGUCUAACACACAAGGAACUUUUUCAGCUGGAAACAAAGUUUCUCUUAAUGGUGGCUUUAUUUUUCUUACAAAAUUUCUAAUAUUUGCAUAAAACACUGACUUUCAAAAGUCUAAGACUCACGGUGCUGAAAAGUAUGCUUAUCACCACUUUCAAAUGCCUUCACACUAAAACCAGAAUACACUCUACAAGAGACUCACAGUUCAUCUACUGGUAACUGUCUAAAAUCACCCGACAUCACCCAUCAUUUUUAAGAAGUCAGUGUUUCUAAGAGCACUUUUUAAAAAAAAAUUUGAGUUUAAUGUUUCAGACAUUAAAUUAAAAAUUACAAUCUGAUCAUGCUGUAUAGCAAAUAUAUACAGGUGCAUCUCAGUGAAUUAGAAUACCUUUAAAAAUGUAAUUUAUUUUAGCAAUUCAGAGCAAAGCAGUUACACCCAUUUAAUAGGACCAUUACAGAGUGGUGUAUCUGAAGUGUUUAUUUCUGUUGCUUUCAGUGAUUAUGGCUUACUGCAAAUGAAAACUAAUUUAUUAGCUUCUUAGCUUUUCUUCAUAAAAACAAUCAAAAAGUUUUUUCAUAUUGAAAUGUGGGUCUAUAUUAAAGUAUGUCUUUGUUGAGGCUUUUUGCAUAAAUUUCUGCAUCAGUACAGUGUUGCAUUAUGCUGAUUACACCAUGGCUCUACUGAGGUGCUUACUUAAAUAACAGCCUCCAGCUUUUCUUCUUGUUUGGUGCUUCUGUUGAUAAUACUCCGCUGGUUGUCUAAGAGUUUUAGAUCUGUGAGCAUCUCCUUAAAGCUUGUCAGCAAAGGAAAGCAGGACGGGACUCGUGACUGUACUGACUUUGGACUUUAUAAAACACAGUUGAUCAAAACCAACAGAUGACUUGGGUCCUCAAAUCAUCACUGAAUGGAAAAUUUACAUUGAAUCUCAAGAGUUUACUGAACAUUUUCCUUCCUCUCAACUUUACAUCAAUUAAUAUUGGAGCAGUUACAUAAGUAAUUGUAAAAAGUCUCAAAAGAUCUAAUGAUCAUUUUAAGGUCUUAGUAUUGAUUGUAGCAAACCUUAAAAUCUAACAGCGUGUUUGAGAUUGUUAAUUUGCUCUUUCCCUUAUUUUUGGUUUCAUGAUAUUCAUUUUGAAUAAAUGUAUUUAUUGUGCUGUGCUUUUCGGUAAUACAGCUGCACUACUUAAUGUAUCCAUGUAAUGAAGUGGUGUGUAAAAGUUUUAUCUUGAGAGAAAUAUUUGUGCUUGUGAGGCUUUUCUUAUAAACUCUUAUAGAUAUAUAGUCUUUUAAAACAUGUUUCAUACUUUUUGAGAACAUCAGCAAUAUGUUUUAUUAUUAUUUUUAUUGUUAUUGGAGUAGUUACAACAAAGUAGAGAAAAAAGAAAUCAGGCCAAAUAACUCACUGCUAUCUGAUACCAAGUCAGCAGUACACACCAUCAUUGUGUAAGCCAUUUUAUAUCCAUAUCUGUUUUAAAAACCUUUUUUAUUGGUCUUAUGUAGAAGAAGAUGAAUAUUAUUUUAUUUUUUAUUUGCUGGCAGCCAUAGCAAUCUGAAGUAACAGAAAACUGUGCUAUAUGUCAGACUGUCAAAAUGAAUUUAUGAGUUUGAAUUGAUAUAAUUCAAGUUCCCAAUAAUAUUGUAAUUUAUGGAGAUGCAUCUGUUGUACUUAGUUCAAGUACCUGGAAAGAAAAUUAACUUGUCAUCUUAUUGGUGCUUUUAUCACUAUCUGGUGUAAUUUAUACUGUAAAAUUGAGCCAUUCAUGUGGUGCAUUCUAAACAUUUUGGGGACAAAAUAUAUAUAUAUAUAUUUUCUCUUUAGUUUUUAGCAGGUUUACUUUGCUGUUUUCUGUGACUGUUUUUAUAGCUCCUUACUGUAGAUUCUCCAAAUAUCCUGGCUUGUGAAUAUUGCAUGUAGUUUUAUGUCUGUGGUGCUCAGUAAAUGUGCUUUUAUACACUGAGGAACACAAAACAGGGUAAGCUCAGUGUCAGAGGGCAGCUGACUUGCUGUAGUGAUUGAAUUAAGAUGGACAGGUGAGAUUUGUACAGUAAGUUAAUUACCCAUAUUGGACUUUUGGGAUUUAUGUUGUAAAUUAUGCCGGGUGUCAUUGUGUUUCUUUAGGUUUCAACUGAUUAAUUUUAACAAGGUGCUAUUCAACCUAGUAGAAAUGUACAAUGUGAAACGUUUGACGAAAUGAAAAGGCUUAUAAAUAAUGUACAGCAUAAACCUGUCAUAUACCUCAAAACUAGCUCGGCAAUAGGAUUAUUACAUAUCGGUCAUUUUCUUUAGGUGCUACUUUCACAAUAUUAGGCCACCAAAAGGCAAAAGGAAGCUCUUGUUUUUACUUUCAGUGUGCUUUGAAAGUGUUAGUUGAACUUUAACAUUACUGUAAAAUCAGGGACAUUUUUAACUAAUUAUGUGUGCAUCUUUUGAAAAUCUAUGUUCAUCAAAUCGUUUUUUGUUUUUUUUUUUACAGUUAGGGACUCGUUCUGAAUCCUGAUUGUGUUCUUGUUUAAUAGAUUUCACAUAAGUUCAAAUGAAAAACAGAUGCUAUUCUGCAAAAUUUCUAUUUUAGCUAGUGAGAGGGUAUUUUCUUCAAAAUUAAUCAACAUAUAUGCACUCAGUAGACAAAAGGGAAAAAUAUUGACUAAGUUAAAGCAAUCUGUUUGCCUUUGCUACGCAAGACCACAGCAGUAAUUAAUGUGACUGCACGUUUUGCGCCUGCAUGUUAGUAAAUUUAAUUUAUAACCACUGAGCAACUUAAUUAUUUCUUACACUUAAUUAUGGCAAUUUAACUGAAAAUCAGUCGUACUUUAACAAAAACUCUCCCCAAUUCUUUCACAUAUUGAUUACUUUGAAAGCACUUCAUUUAUUUUUUAGUAAAAGAAGUAUGUAGUAAAAAAAUUUAAAUGUUUUAUUUAAACAAAUUGUACAUGUGUUUAAAAAAAAAAAGAGAUAAAUUAUGUUACAUUGUACAUAGCAAGAAUUUGUAUUGCAGGAGUACAACUCACUGAUAUUCACAUUGGGCUCUUUUUAUUCUGUCAAAUAGACCCUUGGCUCCACAUAUAUGACCUUUAAAAUAAAUUUAAAAAAUAAUAACUGGAGCUUUUCAAGGUGAAUGAAAUGAAAUGACAAUGGAUCAUCCAGGAAGUUUUACUAUUUGUUUGUAAAUACUACACUCACAUUCACAGCAAUGUUUACAGUUAUAGAAGCUAGCUCAGUUCUUUAGAGGCUCUGGUUUAUAAUCGUUUUGUAAAACGAAUCUUCAUAAUAUUAAAUAAAGAAGGUUGGAUAUCAUUGUACAGGACCCAGCUACAGUAGCAGGUUGUCGAUGAGAAAGCCGAGGCACCAGAAGCGGGUUUAAAGCAUAGCCAUACUUGAAGAUGCUUCAGAGUGUUUCUGAGUGAGUCAACUUUACUUGAAUGACUUUCCUGACUUAACCUGUAUAUUUUAUGUGCUGAACUCAGCGAGGUUAAGCCAGCUGUUUGUACACACUUGGUCUUUUUGCAGUUAGACACUAAAAAAAGAAAAAAUGAAAAAAAGGUAAAAAAAAAUUUUACAAAAUUUUGCCCAAGUUCUCUCGAAGUUCGGUAUGCUAAAACAAUAAAAUGAGGUUGGCUGUUAAUACUGUAAGUAUUCUAAUGUACUGGAUGCAGUUUAUUUGAAAGCUGUUAAUUGUAUCAUUCCUGAUGUUGCCGACAUGUGGGUGUUCCUUUUUUUUAAUAAAACUUAUAUUUAUUUAAA